UUUUUAUUUAAAUUCUUGUGUUGCUUUCAGAUUUUAUGAUAAACGUGAUGCAGAGGACGCAUUAGAGGCCAUGGAUGGUCGAAUGCUUGAUGGCAGGGAGUUGCGUGUUCAGAUGGCUCGCUAUGGUCGACCAAAUUCUCCGACACGUCGCACCAAUAAUAGACGUGGCGGCGGAGGUGGUAGACGUCGUUCGCGUUCACCUGUACGUAGGCGCUCCCGUAGCCCCCGUCGUCGUUCGUAUUCACCUAGAUCCAGAUCUCGUUCGGCGGCAGGUAGUCGUUCACCUGUUCGACGCAGCAAGUUUUCACGAAGUCCAGUUGGUCGUAAAUCUUUGAGCCGUAGCCAAAGUCGCAACGGUAUAGCUGCUCGUAGUACGUCACGCAGUCGAAGCCGGUCCUAAAGAUGACAACUUAUCACUGCGACAAAUCAUUGAUAUCUUUAAUCAG